AUGGACGCCUCACAUGGAGUUUCCAUGUCGAUUCGGCAGGAGAAGUCCGACGAUGUUGACCUGAAGGUGUCCGCGGAUCGCGACGAGAUUCGCCUGGCUGAGAUGGGCCACACCCAGGAGCUGAAACGACAUUUUAGCACCAUAAGCCUCAUCGGUCUGGCCUCGACGACCACCAUUUCGUGGACCGGCCUGGGCCUCGGACUCAUCACAGAGAUCGGCGCAGGCGGUCCCGGCGCUGUCAUCUACGGCUUCAUCCUGGUCACCAUCCUCCAAUGUUUCCUGGGUGCUUCCCUGGCCGAGUUCGUCUCAUCUUACCCUACGGAAGGCGGCAUGUACCACUGGAUUGCCGCCGUCGCACCCAAGAAGACUACCGGGAUACUGAGCUUCUUCACCGGAUGGUUCAGCGUUCUGGGAUGGAUCUUCACGACUGCCUCCACGAACCUGAUCUUCGCCCAGAUCGUCAUGGCUCUGGUCGCAAUCUACCACCAGUCGCUCGAGAUCAAGGCUUGGCAGACUUUCAUCGUCUACCAGGGACUCAACCUCAUCACGGCGGCGGUUGUCAUGUUCGGGAACAGGAUCAUCCCGGGCCUCAACAAAUUCUCUCUCUUCUAUCUCCAGAUUGGCUGGCUGGUAGUCCUGGUCACGGUGGUGGCCUGCGCUCCUUCGUAUCAGAGCGCCGACUUUGUCUUCAAGACCUGGAUCAACAGCACCGGAUGGGAAAACCAGGUGAUCUGCUUCAUCACCGGCCUGGUGAACCCCCUAUACAGUCUGGGGGGGCUUGACGGCAUCACUCACAUCACUGAGGAAAUGCCCAAUCCCUCCCGCAAUGCCCCAAUCGCGAUCGCCAUCACUCUGAGCAUUGCCUUCUGCACCGGUCUCUCGUACCUCGUCGCUCUCAUGUUCUCAAUUCAAGAUUUCGACGCACUGUCCGGCACCAACACUGGGCUUCCAUUGGCAGAGCUGUUUCGACAAGUCACCGGUCUAGCCGGGGGUGCCUUCGGGUUGACAUUCAUCCUCCUGGUGGCUCUUGGUCCCUGCGUUGUCAGCUCUCAGCUGAGCACCGGCCGCAUCUUCUGGGCAUUUUCACGGGACGGUGCCGUGCCCUUCUCACGCCUCUGGUGCCAAGUCCACCCGACGCUGAAAAUCCCCCUGAACGCGCAGCUCAUAGUGACGGCCAUCAUUGCCGCUCUCGGAUGCCUGUAUCUCGGGUCAUCCACAGCAUUCAACUCGCUCCUGGGAACGGCAGUCACGAUCAACAACAUCUCCUACCUGAUCCCGAUCCUGACCAACCUGCUAACGGGGCGGAGAAACAUGCACCAUGGCCACUUUCACAUGAACAACACACUGGGAUCGGUCAUCAACACAGUUACGGUGUGCUGGCUGGUGUUUGCAGUCGUCUUCUUCUCUUUCCCAUAUGUCAUGCCUGUAGAGCCCGACAAUAUGAACUACACCUGUGUCGUUGUUGGAGGACUCACAGUCCUGGUCUCAGGCUGGUGGCUCAAGGUUGGCUCAAAGUUUACAGAUGUGAUCCUGAAGGCCAAGGAGGAAUGA